AUGAUCUGGAAGAGAGACAAGUGUUCCAAGGGAGAGCAGUACUGUGAGACCGGCAAUGGAAUAAGCACAACAUCGAUCGUUCUUGCGGUGGUGAUUCCUGUCGCAGUGGUGGCCAUCGGCAUUCUAUUCUUUGUUUGGAGAGCAUGGAAACGUAAUAAAAAGGAGGCCUUGGACGACAAUGAUCCAGACUUUUACGGCGAAAACACCGUCCUGCCGGAUUAUCCACUCAAGGAAGACCUUUAUUCGAACAAGGAUACCACAGAGAACCCAUUUGAUGGUACAACGUCGCGUUCUCCAAACAGAGGCAUCGACGAAAAGGACCGAAGUUUCAGCAAAACAGGUUCCUUCUAUAACACGUCUCAACUCAGUCUUGGCACCGGCAAUAUUCUUGGUACGCCAAGAGCUCCACUCGAAUCCUUUGUGAUACCCAGAGUGGACGACUCCACCUCCAAGCAUUCGCUGGACCAGUUGUCCAGACAGCUCGGUGGUGUUUAUCCUGGUUACAAAGUUCCUGAAGACGUUAGACACAGUUCGCAAAACAUCUCUAGACGUUCUUCUGUUUCACAAGACUCCAAGCCUUUGACGGGCUAUGCGAAAUCUACAGACGAUCUUGGAAAGAAACUGCCUGUCGAGACUUCUGAGAAGUCGUUCGAAACCCCUCACGAGUCGUCCACCAUGUUGUCUCAUCCGGUAAACACGGCGUCUCCGCCAACCUCGUCCGCCGCAGGCGAGGCAGAGGACUCUGAGGUCGACGAGGACAAGUUCUACGAGGCCUCUGUGUCAGACCGCAAGUUCUCCUACGAGAACAACAAAGACAAUCGUUACUCCUUUGACAAUUUCGACAACGAGUCUGUUGUGCACCAGCAGCAGGAGGAGGAAGAAGACAAGCAUAAUUUGUACGGAGCACAGGCUGAUGAGCCAGAAGAGGAGGAAGAGUACGAGCCUGUUGCUGAGUCCAGUGUCCACCCUGCCACGUCUAUCAGCAGAUCUAUGCGCAAUCCUCACGAACUUGAUGAUGGCGAGGUUCCUGAUCUGAACGAGGUUCUUGGAGAUGAGCGGGUCCCUAUCUCACAAGAAGAAGAAGAACAGAUCAACAGAAUGAAGUCGGUGUACAAGGUGUAUUUCUCAAGGGAGAAUUCGCUCAAGUCGAAGAAGUCGAACAAUAAUCUUCAGUUCGAAAACCAGGACAUGCCUCCAUUGCCAGCUUUACCAAAGCACGAGGACGAGACUAGCUACGAGGAACCAUACGAAACAGGCAACUACGAAGAGUCCGAGAACGCCAGGGCUGCUAGACCUCAGCUUGCACUCGACACGUCUAUGAACGACCCUCGUGCCAGUUACGCGUCCUCUAUUUAUCUUGAGAACGGUAACGCGUCGGCUCCUGCUCAACAGCAAGGACAUCCAUUUUAUCCGCAUCAGCACAUCCAGAACAUUCUCAACCACCAGCAAUCCCAAGCGCAUUAUUACCGUCAAUUGGCUGCCCAGCAAAGAAGGCCACAGCAGCCGGCUGUCCAAAUGGAGAACCUUCCUUCUCCUCACGAGUUGAACAACAGAAAGUCCACGUUGGAAACGUUCACACAGUUCGAGAAACAACGGAAAUACAUGGGUAAGAAGGGACAGUCUCCGGCGGUGAUGCAACAGAACUUCAGUCCGAUAGAAAACACCCAAUGGGGACCAAGUCAAACGAGUCCGUCGCAUCCGUCCCCUCACCAGAUUAGAGAUUCUAUUGUGAUGUUCAAUCCUGUUGACAUCAAUUAUAAAAAGACCUACAAACCAAGUGGAUCUUUGGCGGAGCAAGUUCGUAAGGCAUCUCCAAACAGCCAGGGAUAUUCCCCAACCGUUUCCAGAUACAACAUUGACGAGCCUCUGACCAAUCCGAUCAGAAGAAUCGGUUCCGAAUCUCUAAUUCCAAGAUCCGGAUCCCAGUCGGACCUUAGAAAAUACGUAGACAAUGCCAACUUUUAG